GCGCCUCUACCGGAAGGAACGUCCGGGCCAAGAUGGCUGCCAAGCCAGGGCCCGGAAGUGCUGCCUCCCCCGGCUGUGCCGGGGCCAUGGAGCGGGUUCUACCCAUGCUGCUGGUGCGGAUCCCUGCCGAGGAGACGGCGCAGCUGGGACCGCGGGCGCAGCUGCACCGAGAGCUGGAGGCCCUGGGGAGCCUGACGGCUGCGGGCAGUCUCCAAGUGCUUUCCUUGGCGCCGGGCAGUAGGGGUGGAAGCAGCUGCUGCCUCCAAGGCCCCUUUAGGCAGUUCCUGUGGGAGGAGUCUCAGAACAGCACAGCAGCAGACAAGCCCAGAGUGCUUGUUGCUCGAGAAGAUUGUGGGCUGCUCAUAUAUGAGUUUGACUUGAGAGACGGAAGAUGUGACGCAGCCUUACUACACAGCUGUUGUGGGAGGACCCUGCAGAAGCUCACUGAAGAUCAAGGUGUCAGCAUUUCCUUCAAGUCUUUGAGGAUUCUGUCAUUUGACAACAGCACGUCCUUACUGCUCAUCAAUGAGUGUCUCGUCGUACGCGUCGUGUUUCCGGGGAGAGAAUCUGGGAUUGGAGUGCUGGGCUGCCUCUCACUGCCCUUGCCUGCGCAGGCAGUGGACACGAUAAUUGACGUGCAGCUCUGCAAGAGGUUUCUUUUCCUUCUGAGUACAUUAGGCUGGAUCUAUAUUUUUGACACUGUAAAGGGCGUGCAUGUAGCCCGCGUGGACUUGGCUCUUCUCCGAGAAGAUUCUGAGCAGCAGGAGCCUGCCAGCAUUUCUUCCUUUAUGUCACUGAAAGUGUCUCGGGACUUAGAUGUUUUGCUACUUGUCAGCUCGUCCAGUACUGCAGUUGCUCUUAACCUUCACUUGUAUUUCAGGCUACACCCAGGGCACCUGCUGUGUGAAGGAACUCUGCAAGAUCUCCCUAUUGAAGGGCCUACAGGAAUAGAUGAAGAUGACCUUGUUAAUUCUGCCCACAACAUGAAACUGACCAAGGUGUCAUUCCAAGUUGAUAGGUCCUGGAGAGCCCAGCUGGCAUCACUGAAUGAGUCUGUGAGGAGCUCAGAACCAGAGGUUUCCUGCUGUACUCCGUGGUUCCAGGGUGCUUUGCGUUUGGAGUCCCUGGAAUCUGGUAACCACUCCCCCAUUGUGCCAAACCAUGUUUUCAUUCCAGGGGAUGUCCCGAGUAGCCAGUAUGCUUUUCCUCAGAAGGAGCACAGCAAGACCAGUGAGCCAAGGCCGUGGAGGACAAUGCACCUGAGUGAACAAGAGCAGCCCACAGAGCUCACAUGUCUGUCUGUGACAGGAUUUACGGCCCUGUUUAUUCAGGCAGUAGGAACGACCAGCUGCACCAUCAUCCUCUGGGACUUGGAGACCCAGAGCAUGCAGUGUUUUUCUCUCAGCCAGAAGUGUACUCCUAUAGACAUCAGCGGAGACCAGCAGCUGUGCCUUGCUUUGACAGAGAAUGGCCUGUCUCUGAUUUUGUUUGGUUUAACUCAAGAGGAGUUUCUGAAUAGACUGAUGAUCCAUGGCAGUGCCAGCACUGUGGACUCCCUUUGUCAUCUCAACGGUUGGGGUCGGUGCUCAAUCCCCAUCCACGCUCUAGAGGCUGGCAUAGAAAAUCGUCAGCUGGACACGGUAGAUUUCUUCCUGAAGAGCAAGGAAAAUCUUACUCCAUCUUCAGAAUCUGCUCCUGAUCAGCAGCAGCACUUCUCCUCCCAGCUCUACCUGAGGCAGGUGAAAGAGAUGACCCCAGCCCUGGAUUUACUCUGCUCAGCUAUUAGAGAAAGCGACUCUGAAACCCAAAGCAAGCACUUUGCAGAGCAGCUGCUUCACCUCACACUGUCUUUCCUUAACAAGCAAAUGAGGGAGCUUUUUGAUCACACUGAAGAGCUAGAUGAGCAUUUACAGAAAGGAGCAGCCAUUUUGACCAGCUACAUCAAUGAACUUCGGACUUUUAUGAUAAAGUUUCCUUGGAAGCCAGGAGAUGCCAUAGAUGAAUCUGAUGAAAAUGAAGAGGUCCUCACAGUGAAAGAAGGCCAGGUUUGGGAGGAACUCCGCUCUGAGGAAGUUAUUGCUGAUGCCAUUUUAAAUAACAGAAUACCAGAGGCACAAACUUUCUUCAGGAUUACUGGUCAUUCCGCUCAACGACUUGAGGAACUGGUUAGGAUAGGCCUAGAUUUGGCAUUUGACAGUUUAAAAAAGAACAGCGUGGAGGAGGCCUCCAGGCUCUUGAGGAACAUGGGCUUCAGUGUGGAAGAUGAGCUGCUUAAGAUAUGCUUUUAUACUACUGAUACAAAUAUACGGGACUUUUUGGUUGAAAUUUUAAAAGAAAAGGAAUGUUUUUCUGAAAAAGAAAGAAGAACUGUGGACUUUGUCCAUCAAGCUGAAAGGCUUUACUCAGGACACUUCCAGGAAAAUGCACUGAUGCAGGCUUUUCCCAGGUAUUGGAUAAAGGAACAGGACUGUUUCAAACACAAAUCUGUCUUGGACACAUUCCUCAAAUGUGAUACAAAAGAUGAGUUUACCAAACAGGACCAUAGAAUUGCACUGAAUUGGGCUCACUGGUGGGAUCGGCAAACACAGGAGUGUAUCCUUCUCCCCAGAAUAAGUUCAGAAGAAUAUAAAGCACAUUCCCCAGAAGCCCUGUGGAGACACCUCACAGCUCGCCAUGACUGGUCAAGCAUCAGCUUGUGGAUGGAAGAAUUUCAGGCCCAGGAAACUGUGUCACCUCAGCAGAGCAAGUGGCCUCCUCUGAGUGCUGCCGUCAUCGAGCAGAACACUUGCUGCAGCAGGCACAUGAGGAACGAGAUCUUAGACCAGCUGGCCAGACGUGGCAUUUUUCUUGCAUCUGAGCUGGAAGACUUUGAACUUCUCCUCCUGAGACUGAGCCGGAUUGGGGGUGUAAUGCAGGAUGCUCUCCCCGUGCAGAGCUACAGAUCCUCGGCAGGGUGCAACUUUGAUUCCCAAGUCAUCCUCUACUGUUUAGAGCAUGGCCUGCAGCAUCUUCUCUACGUCUAUCUUGACUAUUACAAACUUAGCCCUGGAAAUUGUCCUUUUUUGGAAAAGAAAGAACUACAUGAAGCUCACCCUUGGCUUGAAUUUUUGGUUCAGUGUCGGCAAGUUUCCAGUAACUUGACAGAUCCCAAACUGAUCUUUCAGGCCAGCCUUGCAAAUGCUCAGAUUUCCAUUCCCACCAAUCAAGCCAGUGUGAGCAGCAUGCUGUUGGAAGGACACACCCUCUUGGCUCUUGCUACCACCAUGUAUGCUCCUGGGGGCGUCAGCCAGGUCAUUCAGCAUGAAGACAGCGAGAACUGUUUGAAGAAAGUGGACCCCCAGCUACUGAAGAUGGCCUUAACGCCUUACCCAAAGCUCAAAGCCGCACUCUUCCCACAGUGCACUGCUCCUAGUAUUCUGCCCUCUGAUAUUACACUCUACCACCUCAUCCAGUCCUUGCCACCCUUUGAUCCCAGCAGACUGUUUGGCUGGCAGUCUGCCAACACUCUAGCUAUCGGAGAUGCGGCCGGUCAGCUCCCACACUUCUCCAGUCCUGACCUGGUGAGUAAAUACGCCGUGGUGGAGCAGCUGAGCUACGCGUACUACUUACAACACGGACGCCCAUCCUUCGCCUUCGGCACCUUUCUGGUCCAGGAGUUAAUCAAGAGUAAGACUCCCAAGCAGCUGAUCCAGCAAGUAGGCAAGGAGGCCUAUACCUUAGGGCUCUCCUCCUUCCACAACCCUUCGGUAGGGGCCGCCUGUGUCUGCUUCUUAGAAUUGCUUGGCCUCAGCAGCCUCAAGCUCAGAGUUGACCUGAAAAUGGCAAACGUAGUUCUGGGCUCCAGGCGUAGAAAUGAAGACGCGCACCCCAGCUUCAUCAGAGAGUCUCUGGCUGAGAAGCUGUGUAAGCUUGCUGACGGUGACAGGGCAACCACAGAGGAGCUGCUCGUGCUCUUGGAGGAAGGCGUGUGGGACAGCAUUGAGCAGCAGGGCUUUAACAGGUUGUCCAGCGAAUCCAGCAGCCAGUGGUCAUUAGUGUUACAGUUCUGCAUGCUCCAUGAUAUGAAACUGAGCGUGUCCUACCUUAGAGAAUGUGCCAAAGCAAAUGAUUGGCUGCAGUUUCUGGUUCACAGCCAACUCCAUAACUACCACCCAGAAGAGGUGGAAACCCUGCUUCAGUAUUUCAGUCCUGUCCUUCAGAGUCACUUGAAGCUGGCUUCUGAGAAACUGUCAUCAGGGUCCAUCUCUCAGGACGACAACUGCCUCCAGGAACUCCAGAAAAACAAAGAAACAAGUGAUUUCUUUGAAAUUCUCCACCGGUGCUCGGAUGAGUCAGCCUCCUGGUGCUGGCUCCUGGCUGAAGCAGUGAGACAUCGGGUUCCCAUCCUCAGUGUCCUGGCCUCGUGUAUGCAGGGUGCCAGUGCUGUCCCCUGUCUCUGUGUUUGGAUUGUCACCUCUGUGGAGGACAAGGUUGCAGCUGAAGCAAUGGAACACAUUCAGAUCUCUGUAGAGGACCAUCAUUGGAGCCUCGAGGACCUGUCCAUUAUCUGGAGAACUGUAUUGACAAGACGGGAGAUCCACACUCUCAUCCGAGGCUUCCGGCUUUUCAUUAAGGAUUCCCCACUUCUGUUGAUUAUGGAAAUGUAUGAACUGUGUGUGUUCUUCAAGAACUACGGAAAAGCCAAAGUUAAGCUUGUGGAGUUCCAGAAAAGCCUUGAAAUGCUUGACACAGUGGCUACGCGGGUCCUUCCUGUCAUACCUGCCACGUGGAUGAGGGAGCAGGCGUGCUUCCUUUUGAAACUUAUGCCACAGCAGUGCGAGACGCAGUAUGAGCUGCAGAAAGUCCUCCAACUGUUUGUCGGGAUGGAGCAGCUCUUCUCCGAUGGGCCAGACGUGCAGAAGCUGUAUCAGCUCAGCCAAGUACUGAAGGACACACCUAUCACCAUCAGCCCUGCGGUCAUUUCCAGCUACAGCACUGAGAGUUUGCAGCGUGAGUGUAGAUCUAUUUUGGAGAAGCUAAAGGCAGAUGGACAGUUUGCUGUGGCCAGGAGAGUGGCAGAAUUAGCAUCCCUGCCUGUGGACGGCUUGGUGAUUGAACAGUUAACGCAGGAAAUGCAAAUGCUAACACACACCCAGCAGUGGUCCCUGAAACAAGCAAGACUUGACUUCUGGAAAAAAUGCCAUGAAAAUUUUAAGAAAAACUCUGUUUCAAACAGAGCAGCCUCUUCCUUCUUCUCCAGCCGAGCCCCGGAGGCGAGUGAGCACCCCGCUGAGCAGGGCAGCCCUGAGGAGCGCCGUCUGCUGCUCACUCUGGCGGGCCACUGGCUUGCCCAGGAAGAGCCAGUUCCCGUGGAGGAACUGGAGGAGCUGGAGAAACAGAUUUGGCUCUGCCGCAUCGCCCAGCACGCAUGUGGAGGGGCUGAAGAGGAGUCCAAGCCCAGCCUCUCUCAACACAAGUUGGCCGCUGCUGAACUUUCUUCCGAUAGCUCAGCCAGUGAGUUCUCCUUCUCCAAGCUUGCUGCUUUGAACACAUCCAAAUACUUAGACCUUAAUGGUCUUCCAUCCAAGGAGAUGUGUGAGAACAGACUGGAACACAGAGAGCAGGAGUCACUGAACACUUUGAUUGGGCAGCUGCUGGACGGUGGCUGUGUGCAUGAGGCGAGCAGAGUGUGCCGGUAUUUCCGUGUCUAUAGUCAGGAUCUAGUACUGCUGCUGCACUGCAGAGCCUUGGCCUCCGCAGAGGCCAGCAUGGAAGAUCUGCACUUAGAGAUCCGUGCCCUCCUCUCAAAUGCCACACUACCUGAGGACCUGGAGAGCCCUGGCGUCCCUCUUCGGAAAGUCCAUAGCACUUCGAGUUUGGACAGUCUGUCAUUUGCGAUGGUACCACCUACUGAUGAAGUGGCCAGGAAUCUCCAAACUCUCAUAAGCAGGUGCCUCCAUGGGAAGGAUUACUGUCGGCAGGUCCUCUGUCUGUAUGAACUUGCCAAGGAGUUGGGCUGUUCCUAUGGAGAUGUUGCCACCAGGGACAGUGAAGCCAUGCUCCGAGCAAUCUUGGCUUCUCAGCGGCCUGACCGAUGCAGACAAGCCCAGGUCUUCAUCAACACCCAGGGCCUUGAACCAGAUACUGUGGCUGAACUCGUGGCUGAAGAGGUGACACGAGAGCUACUGACCCCAUCAGAGGGAACAGGAGAAAAGCAGCCUUUCAACCUAGCAGAGGAAAGCCAGACACUUCUUCAGCUAACUGCUUUGUGUCAAGACCGUACAUUGGUAGGCAUGAAGUUGUUGGACAAGAUUCCAUCUGUCCCCCAUGGGGAGCUGUCAUGCACUACAGAGCUCCUGAUCCUGGCCCAUCACUGCUUUACCUUUGCGUGUCACAUGGAGGGCAUCAUCAGAGUCCUACAGGCUGCCCGGAUGCUUACAGAUAAUCACUUGGCUCCCAAUGAGGAGUAUGGAUUGGUGGUACGCCUCCUCACUGGCAUCGGACGGUACAAUGAGAUGACGUACAUAUUCGACUUGCUGCAUCAAAAGCAUUAUUUUGAAGUUCUGAUGAGGAAGAAGCUAGAUCCAACCGGCACCCUGAAAACAGCCCUACUAGACUACAUCAAACGCUGCCGCCCUGGAGACAGUGAAAAGCACAAUAUGAUUGCCCUGUGCUUCAGCAUGUGUCGGGAGAUAGGAGAGAAUCAUGAGGCCGCAGCCUGCAUCCAACUGAAGCUGAUCGAAUCUCAGCCCUGGGAGGAAAGCCUCAAGGAUGGAGCCCAACUAAAACAGCUCCUGCUUAAAGCCCUGACUUUGAUGCUGGACGCAGCAGAGAGUUACGCAAAGGACUCCUGUGUGCGGCAGGCCCUGCAUUGUAACCGGCUCACCAAGUUGAUAACACUACAGAUUCACUUUCUCAACAGUGGCCAGAACACAAUGCUCAUCAACUUGGGCCAUCAGAAGCUAAUGGACUGUAUCAUGACCCUACCUCGGUUCUACCAGGCUUCUAUUGUAGCUGAGGCCUAUGACUUUGUUCCUGAUUGGGCUGAAGUACUCUACCAACAAGUGAUUCUUAAAGGAGACUUUAGUUACUUGGAAGAAUUUAAGCAGCAGAAGUUACUAAAACCCAAUAUAUUUGAAGACAUUUCCAAAAAAUAUAAACAACACCAGCCUACUGACAGGGUCACAGAAAACCUGAAGAAGUUACUUUCAUAUUGUGAAGACAUCUACCUGUAUUACAAGUUGGCGUAUGAACACAAGUUUUUUGAAAUUGUAAAUAUGCUUCUGAAGGAUCCUCAAACAGGAUGCUGUCUUAAAGAUAUGCUCGCAGGUUAGAAGAUCUGAAAGGUGCUUGAUUGUUCGUACCUAUACGGCUCUAAGGGAUGUUCCAUCAUAAUAAAGUAUUUGGAUACCUUUAUCCCCAUUUGAGUUGAAAAGCCCAGAAAUAUACCACACUGCACCAGUCGUUUGUGUCUGUAGGAAAUGGAGAGAUUAGUAUUGAGAUCAAAAGUGUCUUGUUAGAAUGGCUUCUACAUAGAGAAACAAUAGUGCUUAAAGAACACCUGUGCCUGCAGGUUCCAGUUUCAAAGCAAUUUAAUCUUAUUUACACAGUUAAGGAACGGGUGAUACAUUUUCAUGAGUUAGAAACUGAUCUUUCUGUAAUAAAAUAGAUUUUAACUCAGUGUCAUUAUCACUGCUGAGGAAAUCGUAGCCCUUGUCUGCCUUCAACAGCAUUCACUGGAGUUAUUGCUAUGUACUCUCCCUUCUGUUAACUCACUGUCACUUAGAUGGUCCUGUUUUCCACUCAGUAGUCUACAGAGCUUUGAGGUCACUAUGACCUAUGGAAGAGAAAUUAGAAACAUUUUUGUUCUGAUUCUGAUAACUGGGGGCUGGAGCACAAGUUUGGGUAAAUUAUUUAAGAUGUAAUUCAAUUUAUUCGUAUAACAAUAACCUAAGUAACAGGCUCCAUCACUACUAAUAAAUAGUCCUAGGUACUUAAUUGGGCCUUAGCAUCUAAACAACAAAAUAAUUUCCCAAAUAAACAAGAGUAGGAAGGCAGCCUCUGUUGCUCUACAACUAUUGAAAGCCCAAACACUCUUGCUUCAAAGCUGUGACUACAUCAAGCAUUGAUUAGCUUUAGUGAGUACAGAGACCUCCACCCAAGAGUGGCAUUCUGUACUCUUAACUAUCUCUUGGGAUAUAACACAAAAUUUAAGUCCUCACAAUAGUGAUUUUAUUAAAUUAGUUGCUUUAUAAAACAUUGCAGAUGUCAUAAUUGUUAACAUAACAAUUUACCAAACUGUAGUUAACUGGUGCAGUUUGCUGAGCAUGUUUUAUAAAGAAAAGGAAAUGCCAAAACCCUGUUAAAAGUUUUUCCAUUGCAGCCUAGAAGAACAAGAUUUGUUUCUCAGACACUUGAAUCAGGCAAACAGAAACAGAGUUCCCUCCCCCAUUUGAAGUCCUCCAUCAAAAGAAACAGGCUGAUAAGUAACUAGACAGUCAAUGCACUGGUGAGUCCACACUUGCACUGUAAUAAUGGAGAAGUUUACCUUCUUCAGCUUCAAAGUCGGAGGGUUUUGGUCAUUAAAAUCUUAAGUAUCAAACUAGUACUUUUCAGCCACAGUAUCUUCACUCUGAGAUAAACAUUCUUCUUCACAACAAGUUUUUAAUAUCCUCACCUCAAUUUUAAGACAAAGCAAUUUUAAUACUAGGUGCAUCCCACAUGCCCUUGCUGCAAACUGCUUUUCUUGACAAGUUAUGAAGUAGUUCAAGGAGGUAUGGUUAAGGCUGUAUUACUGAAUGGUGCUGGUAAAUACUACACUUUUUUUUUUGUCAUGUUGCAACCUUUGUUUCCAAUUUAGUGACUGCUGCUAUGGAAUCGGAUAGCAACAAUGACAACAUUAUUAGGUUUGUUUUGUUUUUAAACUAUGAUUUAGUAGCAACUGAGGUUCCCAAUUUUAACCCCUUGGCAACAAGAUCCAAGUUCCCUCAUUUGCACAUUAGCACCUGAGUGUCAAGGGGUUAAAUAACCAGCACAAAGAUACUGCACUUCUGAUUGUAGCAUUUGGCAGAACUGAAAGGAAAGGAGGUUGUGCUACAUGUUGAAGGGAUUGUGGGCAACAGAAAGGAGACACCAGAAGAUAAAAUGUCACAUGAAGUCUUCAUAGUCUUGUACAUAUCCUCCAUCAUAUCCACCAUAGUCUGCCAGAUCGUCUUUCAUGGUGGCCUUUAAUCCCCCUCCAGGUACCACACCUUUCUUCUUCUUUUUGGCUUUGCUUUGCUAAAAAUGAAGAGUUAAAGUCAUGAAUCUUUAUCUAUUAUGGGUGUUUCAUCUGUCAUAGCAAACAUUUAAAGAGGUCAAAGCCUCUCUAAAAGGCAUAACCUAUAGCAAUCUUGAUUUUUCUCAGAAAAGAACACACAUAUGUCUGAAUGGAAGCAUCAGGCAGCCAUGGGGCUGCUCUCUUCUAACCCAGCUUCAACAGGCUCUCUAAUACAAAUACUUACCUUUUCCUGCUUCUGUUUUUCACUGCAGAGCACAGUCAAUGAGUUGGUAAUCUUUUUCAAGUCAUCAAUUUCCACUUUAAAAGAGGGAGAGAAAGAGACAUACUACUAAACUUCAAUUUUUCAGCAUUUUGAAAAAUAAAAUCAAAAUAGGCAUCCUUUUAACGUAUAAAAAUUAAUUUGUAUGUCGAUAAAGUCGGGUAACUCUCCUUCAUAAAUAACUGUUCAGUCUAUGGCUAGGCUCAGUGAGCUCACAAAAUCCCAAUGAUGAACUCAAUGGCUAUAAGAACUGUAACAUGGACUCUUUAGUAUUCCCACUGCUUCUUACCUCCUCUCCUCAGCUUAAAAGGGGAGAACCAUGGCCUCCUUCCUGUAACACAUCCUCACAUUAGCUAGUAACACAUAUGACAAGCCUUCUAGCCUAAGAACUGUAAUACAUUUAGUGGACAAUCUGCCCUGUACUUAACUG